CUCAGCUCCCGCCGGCCGGGACCCGGUUGGAAGGGGAAAUCUGCGCCGCGCCGUCUCAUUGGCUGGCUGCGAAGCGGUCCCCAGGCCUGCGAUUGGCCGACGGGCGGGCGGGCCGACAGCGUCAUGGAGGCGCCUGGGGCGCUGCGAGAGCCCCGGCCCCGGCAGCGGUCCCGGGAUCCCGCGGACGGCGAGGAGCGCGGGCCUCCGAAGAGGAGGAGAACCGAAGAGGAUCAAGAGGGAGCCGUCUUUCGUGAAGUAGUGGGUUUCUCGCCGGAUCCUUUGCCGGUCAGAUACUAUGACAAGGACACCACCACCCCCAUCAGCUUUUACUUGUCCUCCGUGGAGGAGCUCCUGGCGUGGACCCCCGACGUGGAGGAUGGCUUCAACGUGGCCGCAGGCCCCGUCCAGGGUCGGCGGCCCCCCUUGAGCAGCCAGAGGCCGCGGACCUUGCUGUGCCACGACAUGAUGGGCGGGUACCUGGAUGACAAGUUCGUCCAGGGCUCGGCGGCCCCGAGCGCCUACGUCUUCUACCACUGGCAGUACAUCGACAUCUUUGUGUACUUCAGCCACCACAUGGUCACCGUCCCCCCGGUGGCCUGGACCAACGCUGCCCACCGGCACGGGGUCUGCGUGCUGGGCACUUUCAUCACCGAGUGGAAGCCAGGGGGACAGCAGUGCGAGGCCUUCCUGGCGGGGGACGACCGGGCAUACCAGGCGGUGGCCGACCAGCUGGUCCUGAUGGCCCAGUUUCUGCGCUUCGACGGCUGGCUGGUCAACAUCGAGAACUCUCUGAGUUCGGCCGCCGUGGGGAACAUGCCGCGCUUCCUUCAGUACCUGACCGCCCAGCUGCACCGGCAGGUCCCGGGCGGCCUGGUGCUCUGGUACGACAGCGUGGUGACCAGCGGGCAGCUCAAAUGGCAGGACGAGCUGAACGAACGCAACAGGGUCUUCUUCGAUUCCUGCGACGGCAUCUUCACCAACUACAACUGGGGGGAGGAGCACCUGGAGCGCAUGCGCGGCCAGGCCGGCGAGCGCCUGGCGGACAUCUACGUGGGCGUGGACGUGUUCGGCCGGGGGAACGUCGUGGGGGGCCGGUUUGACACCAACAAGUCGCUGGAGCUGAUCCGGAAGCACGGGCUCUCGGCGGCCCUGUUUGCGCCUGGCUGGGUAUACGAGUGUCUGGAGAAGGCGGAGUUCUUCCAGAACCAGGACCGGUUCUGGGGUUUGCUGGCGCCCUAUCUGCCCACACACAGCAUCUGCUGCCUGCCCUUUGUCACUUCCUUCUGCCCGGGCAUGGGGACCCGCAGAGUCCGCUACGGCCAGGAGGAGGCCGUGGGGCCCUGGUACCACCCCGGCGCCCAAGAACCCCAGCCCCUGUUCGGAGAGCGCAGGCUGGAAGAGGACCCACGGGGCUGGGUGAGGACGCAGCUCUGCCUGGCCGAUGCCUGGAAUGGGGGCGGCUCCCUGCUCAUCCGGGGGGCGAUCCCGCCCGAGGUCCAGCAGGUGGCUGUGAGGUUAUUCUCCCUGCAGGUCCCACUGCCGCCCAGGAUCUUCCUGUCCCUGGUGUAUAAGCUGGAGGGGACGGCCAAGGUCCGCGUCGCUCUGGAGCUCACCACGGGGGACGAGGGCAGCUGUGACGUUGGCGGCAUCUCCACAUUGAGUGCAGACACGAGCACCAGGCACAGUCCCCGACCCCUCCGGGUGCCCCCCCCAAAGCUGGCCAGAUGGACGGCCCGCUGUGGCCAGCAGCUCGCUGGGGGCUGGGUCCAGCGCUGCUACGAGCUGAGCAUGCGCCGCUGCCUCCUGGGGGACCUGUUCAUGAGCUUCACCCGGCCUCCGGGCAGCCAGGACGAGGAGAGCUUCGUCUGCCGCCUCGGGGAGAUCCAGGUGGUGGGUGCUCACGGCCUGCAGAGCCCUCUGCCCCGGGUGCAGGGCGUCUCGGUGUCUCAGACCUGCUGGCGGCGGGCGGCCCCCGAGGGGGCGGAGCCUCAGCCCGGGCUGCGGCUCAGCUGCACUCUGCGCUGGUCCUGCCCCCUGAGCCUCGUGCGAUGCUUCCGGAUCCACUGUGGCCGAGGGACGGACGGCGGCCCUUCCGGUGGGGCGCCCCCGGCACCGGAGAGGCCCACGUUCCUGGGCCUGGCUUUCGUCAACCAGUACCGCGUCGUGGACCUGGCCGUGGCAGAGGCGGAGCCUGGCCGGGAGGCCCGCGUGGAGUUCCUGGUGGAGCCGGACCCCAGGGAGGGGCUCCUGGUGCCCCGGGCCCAGUGGGGCAGGGCGGCCGUGCUCUACUCCUUGCGCAGCCCCUGAGCGGACGGACUCUCGGGCCCCGCCCCCCGCUCGGCCCGAGGCUGCUUCCGCGAGGAGGCCCCGGGUGCUGUGGUUUUUGGGGCGGGGGCCGCUGGGAACAGGGGAGCGGAGGAGUCAGU